AUGGCAAAAAGACGACACCAUUUAGAGAUCCAAUUCCUUUUGAGUUAUAUAUUCAAAUUUUCGACUCAAAGUGUAUCUGUGAUUGUGCCAGAAGUUUGUGACGCGCUCAUUGCCUGUUUGAGUGACAAAAUAAAAAUGCCUAAACGUCGGGAGGAAAGGCUACAAGUUGCAAAUGAUUUCAACAGGAUGUGGAAUUAUCUCCGUUGUUGUGGGAGUAUCGAUGGAAAACAUAUAUGUUUACAAGCUACACUGGCAGUGACUACUUCAAUUAUAAAGAAUUUUUUAGCACAGUGCUUUUAG